GAAUCAUUUGAUUAUCUGAAGAUAAUUAGAGUUAGAGUGAGAGAGUAAUCUACAAUGAAGAAACUGAUAGAUUUCGGGAGGAAAACAUUGUUCUACAUUAGGGUUUUGUCAGGAUACGAGGAGCGUCAAAUUCGAUCUCAUAGAUUGCACCUGCAGAAGCGACUUCAAGAGGCAGAAGUUAGGAAGCAAGCUCUGAGAGGGAUCCCGGAAAAGAUAAUCUUGACAGAAGUUCGUCAUAUGGUAGAAGAGAUGCAAAAAUUUAAGAAAAAGUUUGAAGAAAUGGAGGUGGCUAUUGAAGAACACUUAAAACCACUUGAUAUGGAAGCUCAAAUGAUAAUGAAAGAGCAACUAGAAGGGGAAGAAAGGAACAUGAAAGAGAUGGUGAAAGUUAUGCAAUCCCAAGCUAUAAUGCGACAAGCUGAAGAAGAAAGAUUUGCGGUUUUGCAACAGAAAGUAGAACCAAAGGAUGAUUCGUCGGAAAAUGAAACAAAAUCGACGAACUCCUCAGGCUGAGACCCCCAUAUAUGUUUUGGAAUGAUCUUGUAUGUAAUUCUCACAACUAGUACUAAUGCUAGUGUUUGAAUAACUACAAUGGAGAGAAUACUAGUGUGUGAUUUUUUGCAUCAAAUGUUGUGUGUUAUUUUAUGGAUUUACACAACUGUUUGAAGUUAAUCUUAUAUUUCAUGUACUUGAAUUUAAAAUAAUUAACCAUUUAUGUUAAUUUGUA